AUGCAGAUGACGACGAUCAGUGAAGGUCAUACGGUUUCGCACCAUCCCACAAUUGGUCCUCAUCACAAAUUUGAAGAGAGUGACAAACACAAUGAAAUGCAAGUGGAGUCGUCUGCAAGUGAUUCAAGAGCAGCCUCUGUCUUUGACAUGAAAGCCCAAACGAAACCUCAGCGGCUGCGCGCGCGAGUGCAAUUUGCAACAGUUUGUGGGGCGAUGUACCUAGCUGGAUGGAAUGAUGGGACGACUGGUCCAUUGCUCCCUCGGAUACAGAAAGUGUAUGACCUGAAUUUUGCUGUCGUAUCCCUGAUAUUCGUGUUCGCAUGUGUUGGCUUCCUAUCUGGAGCGUUUGCAAACCUUUAUCUAGACGGGAGAUUCGGUUUUGGGAAGGUGAUCGUGAUAGGAUCUGCGUGUCAAGUUAUAGCGUACGCCAUAGAGGCGGCUGCUUUGCCAUUUCCUGCAUUCGUGCUGGGUUACGUUAUCAAUGGCUUUGGAAUGGCUCUACAGGACGCACAAUCGAAUGGUUUUGUAGCCAGUCUCAAGGAUAACCCAGAGGUGAAAAUGGGGAUCCUCCAUGCGGUAUACGGCGGUGGUGCUUUGUCGUCCCCUUUAGUAGCAACGCAAUUUGCCCAGCUUUCGCAUUGGUCAUUUCACUACCUGUGCAGCCUUGGUGUUGCGUUCAUAAACACUGUACUGUUGAUUGCAGUCUUUAGGCUGAAAACACAGGAUGAGUGCCUCGCUCAGAUUGGACAACCACCAGGGGAAAAGGGGACAAGUGAGAAGAGCCAGUUUAGCCAGAUAUUGCGGCUCAGAGCAGUGCACAUCCUCGCCUUCUUCAUUUUGACAUUGGUAGGAGUGGAGGUCACUGUGGGUGGGUGGAUGGUGACGUACAUAAUCGACGUGCGCGGAGGAGGUCCAAGUUCGGGAUACAUAUCAUCAGGUUUUUGGGGAGGUCUCAUGGUUGGCCGUGUCACUCUUCUGUGGGUAAACAAAAAGGCAAGUUCCUAUCCUGUUUACGGCAUGCAACAUAGAUACCAAAGAUCACAGGUUGGGGAACGUCGUGUUUUGUUUAUUUACGCCAUCCUCGCAAUUGGGCUACAACUAGUAGUAUGGCUGGUGCCUUCGCUCAUCGGUGGUGGUGUUGCGGCCUCCCUAAUUGGAGUAAUUUUGGGGCCGAUGUAUCCCAUCGCUAUGAAUCACACAGUACGAAUCCUCCCUGAGUGGCUCAUCACAGGGUCUAUUGGUUGGAUAGCAGGCUUCGGGCAAGCAGGUUCUGCGCUCUUGCCAUUCUUAACCGGUGCCAUUGCAUCGAAGACCGGAAUCAAGAGUUUACAGCCAUUGUGA